AUGGACACCGGACACGGGACACCGGACACAGAGCGCUGGACACCGCACACCACACACCAGACACCAGACACCGAGCACUGGAUACUGGACACUGCACACCACACACUGGACACCGCACACCGGACACCAGACACCGGACACCGGACACGGGACACCAAGUGCCGGACACUAGACACCGAGCGCCAGACACUGCACACCGGACACCGCACACCAGACACUGGACACGGGACACCAAGCGCCGGACACUGGACACCGAGCGCCAGAAACCGGACACCGAGUGCCGGACACCAGACACCGCACACCACACACUGGACACCGCACACCGGACACGGGACACCGGACUCCGAGCACCAGAAACUGGACACUGAGUGCCAGACAUCAGACACCGCACACCACACACCGGACACCGAGCGCCGGACACCGGACACCGAGCGCCGGACACCGGACAUCAAGCACCGCCCACCGUCUGCUCACACGCCUCUAGGAGAGUGUCUGCGGGACCCGAGAUUGGGCACAGAACAGCCACGCGCCACCUCAGUACCCACACCCCAGUACCCACACCCUCAGUACCCACACCCCCAGUACCCACAGCCUCAGUACCCACACCCUCAGUACCCACACCCCAGUACCCACACCCUCAGUACCCACACCCCAGUACCCACACCCCAGUACCCACACCCUCAGUACCCACACCCCAGUACCCACACCCUCAGUACCCACAGCCUCAGUACCCACACCCCAGUACCCACACCCCAGUACCCACACCCUCAGUACCCACACCCCCAGUACCCACACCCUCAGUACCCACACCCCAGUACCCACACCCUCAGUACCCACACCCCAGUAUCCACACCCUCAGUAUCCACACCCUCAGUACCCACACCCCAGUAUCCACACCCUCAGUAUCCACACCCCAGUACCCACACCCUCAGUACCCACACCCCCAGUACCCACAGCCUCAGUACCCACACCCUCAGUACCCACACCCCAGUACCCACACCCUCAGUACCCACACCCCAGUACCCACACCCCAGUACCCACACCCUCAGUACCCACACCCCAGUACCCACACCCUCAGUACCCACAGCCUCAGUACCCACACCCCAGUACCCACACCCCAGUACCCACACCCUCAGUACCCACACCCCCAGUACCCACACCCUCAGUACCCACACCCCAGUACCCACACCCUCAGUACCCACACCCCAGUAUCCACACCCUCAGUAUCCACACCCUCAGUACCCACACCCCAGUAUCCACACCCUCAGUAUCCACACCCCAGUAUCCACACCCUCAGUACCCACAGCCUCAGUACCCACACCCUCAGUACCCACAGCCUCAGUACCCACACCCCAGUACCCACACCCCAGUAUCCACACCCUCAGUACCCACACCCUCAGUACCCACACCCCCAGUACCCACACCCCAGUACCCACACCCUCAGUACCCACACCCCCAGUACCCACACCCCAGUACCCACACCCCCAGUACCCACACCCUAAUACCCACACCCCAGUACCCACACCCCCAGUACCUACACCCUCAGCACCCACACCCCCAGUACCCACACCCCAGUACCCACACCCCCAGUACCUACACCCUCAGUACCCACACCCCCAGUACCCACACCCCAGUACCCACACCCCCAGUACCUACACCCUCAGCACCCACACCCCCAGUACCCACACCCCCAGUACCCACACCCCCAGUACCCACACCCUCAGUACCCACACCCCCAGUACCCACACCCUCAGUACCCACACCCCAGUACCCACACCCCCAGUACCCACACCCCCAGCACCGCUUGCUGCUGACUGA